CCCCCGCCCCGCCCCGCGGCGCGGCGGGCGCGAGGACGGGCGGCGGGAAGGGACAUUCCCCGCUGAGGAGCCGGUCACGUGCAUGGCGGGGGAGCGGGCGGCCGGGCGCGCGCAGGGCCGGGGCCGCGUGGACGGAGGCGGGAGCGCGCUCCCCGCCCGCCCCUUCAUCUGCUCCUUCCCCGGCUGCGACGCCACCUUCAACAAGGCCUGGAGGCUGGACGCGCACCUCUGCCGGCACACGGGCAAGAGGCCGUACGUUUGCGAUUAUGAAGGCUGCGGGAAAGGCUUCACGAGGGAUUUCCACCGCGCUCGACACCUUCUUACGCACACCGGGGAAAAGCCGUUCGAGUGCACAGCUGAUGGGUGCAAUGAGAAAUUUGGAACAAAAUCAAACUUAAAGAAGCACAUUGAGCGCAAGCAUCAAAAUCGGCAAAAGCAGUAUGUGUGCGACUUUGAAGGCUGUAACGAGUCUUUCAGGAAACACCAACAACUUAAAGUUCAUCAAUGUCACCACACCAAUGAACAUCCCUUCAAAUGUAGUAAUGAAGGAUGUGGAAAGUACUUUUCUACUCCAAGUCAUCUAAAGCGGCACGAGAAGAUACAUGAAGGCUAUGCAUGCAAGAAAGAAAACUGCUCCUAUACUGGAAAAACUUGGACAGAGCUUCAGAAACAUAAUAAAGAAAGUCAUACAGAGCCGAUAGUUUGCAGUGAGUGUCACAAAACUUUUAAAAGGAAAGAUUACCUCAAGCAGCAUCAAAAAACGCAUGCUGUGGAGAGGGAAUUCUGCCGAUGCCCAAGAGAAGGAUGUGGGCGAACUUACACAACUGUAUUUAACCUUCAAAGCCAUAUUCUCUCUUUUCAUGAGGAGAAAAAGCUAUUCUCUUGUGAUUAUCCAGGCUGUGGAAAAGUGUUUGCGAUGAAGCAGAGCCUAGCAAGGCACGCAGUUGUACAUGAUCCUGAAAAGAGAAAGCUGCCCUUGAAAGCGAAGCGUUCUCGUCCUAAGAGGAGCUUAGCUUCUCGUCUGAGCGGCUACAUUCCUCCUAAAGUACAGUCAGGAAAGGAUGUGGUUGUGACAGAAAGCAAGACAACGGACAAGCCCAUGGAAAAUGAAAUACCAACUGUUGAAAUUCUGUCUCUGCAGUAAAAGUUAACUGAAACAACAUUCUUCAUGGAAUAACCAACAUAAAGCUUAACAACAACUUUUA